AAUGUCUGCUCGGUUCAGCAGGCCAACCGGUCGUUCUUCGUUUCCCAUGUCGAACCCGAAAGUAGCAGCUGGGGCCUCUCCCGUCGUCCUCCCGGCACAUCGCCGGCGCCAACGGAGCCGCGACACACUCCCAGCGGCGGCAACGGAGUCCCUGUCCCUGCAACGGAGUCGGGCAAACCAACUUCGACUCGUGACCUCCGCCCAUGCUUCCGCCGGAGCAUGCCGCCGCCUCGAGCUCUUCUCUCGCGUCUGCCGUCGCCGCCCUCGCCUGACUGGCGUGAGGACUAGGACGAUGAGUUCUAACUGUUUAGCAAACGUUGGGAGGUUGGCUCCAGGAGAAAAUGCAAUCCUGCAAAAUAUGGAAUGGAAGGCUAGAAUAAGGAAGCAGCUCCUGCAACCCGAAUUGCUGCCAUCUUCUUACGAUACGGCAUGGGUUGCUAUGGUGCCCCUGCCGGGCUCCCCUCAGGUUCCAUGCUUCCCACAGUGUGUUGAAUGGAUAUUACAAAACCAGCAGGGUAAUGGAUCUUGGGGUCUCGGCCAAAUAGACUCCUCGGUCAACAAGGAUGUCCUCUCAUCCACACUGGCUUGUGUGCUUGCACUUAAGAGAUGGAAUGUUGGGCCGGAGCACAUAAUUAGAGGAUUGCGAUUUAUCGGAAGAAAUUUCUCCCUUGCUAUGGAUGAGCAGACUCCUGCUCCUGUAGGCUUCAAUACCACUUUCGCUGGUAUGCUUAGCCUUGCCAUUGAGAUGGAUUUGGAAUUUCCAGUUAGACAAACUGAUGUUGAUGGGAUUCUUCACUUACGGGAUAUGGAACUGGAAAGACUUUAUGAGGAUAAAUCUUAUGGGAGAGAAGCAUAUAUGGCUUAUGUUGCUGAAGGGUUAGGAAACCUGCUGAACUGGAACGAAGUUAUGAAGUUUCAGAGGAAGAAUGGAUCAUUCUUCAACUCUCCUUCCUCAACUGCUGCUGCAUUAAUCCACAAUUAUGAUGACAAAGCCCUCCAGUACCUCAAAUUUACUGUCAAUAAAUUUGGUAGUUCAGUACCAACAGUGUACCCAACAAAUAUAUAUUGUCAGCUUUCAAUGGUGGAUUCUCUUGAAAAGAUUGGGAUAUCUCAUCAUUUUUCUUGUGAGAUAAAGAGCAUCCUGGACGUGACAUACAGUUUUUGGCUACAGAGGGAUGAGCAAAUCGUGCUGGAUGUAGCAACAUGUGCAAUGACGUUUCGCCUUUUACGGAUGAAUGGGUAUGAUCUAUCCUCAGAUGAACUAUCUCAUGUUGCUGAAGAAUCCACUUUCCAUAAUUCACUUCAAGGAUAUUUAAACGAUACAAAAUCUAUAUUGGAAUUAUACAAGGCUUCACAUGUCAGUUUAUUGGAAAAUGAAAUUAUCUUAGCUAAAAUAGGCAGCUGGUCUGGCAGCUUAUUGACGCAAAAGCUGUUCUCUGAUGGGGGGCAAAGAAUUUCAAUACAUGGAGAGAUAGAGUAUGCUCUUAAGUUUCCCUUCUAUACCACACUGGAACGUCUAGACCAUAAGAGGAACAUUGAACAUUUUGAUGCACCGGGUUCUCACAUGCUGAAGACAGAGUAUUUGCCAUGUCGUGUCAACCAAGAACUCUUGUCUUUGGCUACUGAAGAUUUCACCUUUUCUCAAUCUAUUUACCAGGAUGAACUCCUGGCUCUUGAUAGUUGGGUGAAAGAGUACAAGCUGGAUCAGUUACAAUUUGCUCGACAGAAGUUGACAUAUUGUUAUCUCUCUGUUGCUGCUAGUGUAUUUCCUCCUGAAAUGUCUGAUGCUCGUAUAUCAUGGGCCAAAAAUACUGUGCUGGUAACUGUUAUUGAUGACUUCUUCGAUAUUGGAGGAUCAAAAGAAGAACAAGAAAACCUAAUCCGAUUAGUUGAGAAGUGGCAUGAUCACCACAAAGAUGACUUCUGUUCCGAGCAAGUCAAAAUAUUAUUCUGGGCUCUCUAUACCACAUUGAACGAGCUUGGGUCAAUGGCUUCUACAUUACAGAACCGUUGUGUUAGAAAUCACCUGAUAGAAAUUUGGCUACAGAUGGUCAGGUGUAUGAUGACUGAGGCAGAAUGGCAGAGGAGCAAAUGUAUGCCAACAAUGGAAGAAUACAUGAAAAGUGGAUAUGUUUCAAUCGGACUGGGCCCAACCGUGCUCCCAACAUUAUAUUUUCUCGGGGAAAAGCUCUUGGGACAUGUUGUCAAAGAUGAAGAGUAUGAUGAGUUAUUUAGGCUAGCAAGUAUCUGUGGCCGUCUCCUCAAUGACAGACAGGGCUUAAAGAGGGAGAGCACCGACGGAAAACUGAAUAGCAUUUCACUGCUUGUUCAUCACAGUGGUGGUUCUAUGUCAAUAGAAGCGGCCAAGGAGGCGGUAUAUAAGAUCAUAGUCACUUCAAGGAGAGACCUGCUAAGAUUGUUCCUUAAGGAAGACACUGCUGUUCCUAAGCCAUUCAAGGAGCUGUUCUGGAAGGUGUGCAAGAUACUUCACUUUUUCUACUUGCAAACCGAUGGAUUCAGCUCGCCAAAUGAAAAGGUCAGCGCAGUGAAUGCAGUUAUCCACGAGCCACUCAAACCCAAUGUUCUAAUCCAGCUUUGACUGUCUCAUCAGAAUACUAGUACUCGUUUCCUGGGCUUUACCCUCUGUUCGUAUAGAACAGAGGAAGCAGCGUGAACCUUUGAUACUGUAACUGGUUUGGUGUCAAAAACUACUAAUCUCGAUCGCUGUUUGAAGCGACACUAGCGAAACGGUUUGACCGGACCAGACACGACAAAUUUUCAGCUCGCAAAUUUCUCA